AUGACAAAUUCACAUUAUACCACUUUAGGAGUUACUGAAAAAGCAAGCACCUCUGAAAUUCGCAAGGCUUAUUACAAGUUGGCCAAAAAUUAUCACCCUGAUAAGAACCCCAAUGGAACCGAAAAGUUCAAGGAAAUCUCAAACGCGUAUGAGAUUUUAUCUGAUCCCGACAAAAAAAGGGUUUACGAUUUGAAAAGAAAACGUGAGACGGAUUUCGACUUUGAAGGCUUCUUUGCAAGUAAUCGUCCUUCCACCUCAAGACCUGGACCCAGAACACGAACUCCACCAGCUCCACCAACUCCACCAAGACAAUCCAGUCCUCCACCACCACCACCUAAUCGAUCAGACUACCACAUACUUACAACUGCGCAAGUCUCUUUGAAAGAAUCGUAUCUCGGCGUGAGCGCCUUCAAGGUUUAUUACAACCUGAAAGUAAACUGCCAAACAUGUCAUGGCAAUGAGAAUUCUGCUCUGUUUUCCGAGGCUUGUGUGACCUGCAAUGGUUCUGGAUAUGUCGAAACCCGCUUGAGGGAUAACAGGAAAAAAGUAUCCGUUCCAUGCUCUGGUUGUAAUGGGAAAGGUGUAAAAACUUUCAAAAAGAAGUGCCAAAGCUGUCUUGGGGCCAAAGAGACUCGUGUAAGUCUGUUGAUUCCAAUUGCCAAAGGCAUUGAAUCCGGUCACACGAUUAGGAUGAAGAACUACGGGAAUGUCAUGCCCGACAACGUUACCAAGGGCGACUUAUUCAUCAAGGUAACUGUGGAUGAUCACUGGGGCUGCUUCACGCGCCACAAAGACACCUUACUUGCUUCCAUUGACAUCAAACUUCGAGAUGCUCUUAUGGGAGUAAAUCGAAAAGGCAACAUUAUUAAACAUAUGGAUGGCCGCAAAUUGAACAUUCCACAAACCCCUGGCAAAGUAAUCACACCCGGCAAGACCAUAAUUCAGAAAGGAGAAGGUAUGCCCGUAUUCUCUGAUACAGAUGACAACAAGGGUUGUCUUAUCAUUAGAUUUAACGUGAUCUUCCCUGAUGAAAUCAACAUUCCCAAGGAUCCAUACGUUCGCGAUGAAAUUGAUAUUAUGUUUGAAACGAAGGAAGAACGUGAGAUCCGAGAGAAGACCAUUGUUAUUGAAGACGACGACGACCAAGAUAACGAUGUUAGUUCACGAAACGGUGAUAAUAAUGAAGAUGAACAUGUAUCAGAUUCUGGAAAGGAUCCUUGUGUUAAUUAA